GAGCGCGCGGCGCGCCGCCUGCCGAGGCUACUCCCGCGGUGGUGGCGGACGGGGCGACCCUCUGCGGGUCCUCUGUCCUCUAGGCCUGCGGCUCCGGCGGGCUCCCGAGGGCACCGGCGGGGCUCUGGGUCGGUCGUGGGGGCACUUCCUCAACAGCUUGGGCCUCGGCGCGCCGGGCACGGCCGCGGCGGGCGGCGGGCCCGUCUCCUAGAUCCAUCCGGUGAGGGCAGGGAGCUGGUCUGCUCCCUUCAGGGCGGUGUCUCCAGGCCCUGGCGCUUGGUAAUCCUAGAGGCCCGAGUCAUCCUCAGACUGGCAGAAUGAAAGACUGGCUCAGGAUUUUUGACCAAAACGUGCUGGUCCCUCCCCACCCACAGAGAGCACGCCAGCCUAUAAAGGAAUCAACUGGGUUUCAGUGCGUCCUGAAGUGGCUUGAUGGGCCGCUAAUUAAGCAGGGAGUGCUGGAGGUGCUCUCGGAGGUGGGCUGCUGUCUGCGCGUGUCCCUCUUUGAUGUCAGCUACCGACACUUUUUCGGGAGGACGUGGAAGACCGCCGUGAGGCCCGUGGAGCAGCUCUCCAGGCAGCCGUCCAGGAUCGUCUUCGACGAGUCCUUGUAUUUUCACACGUCCUUAAACCACCCUAACAUCGUGGCUGUGGUCGAAGUGGUCACCGAGGGCAGGAGGCCGGAUGGCUCCCUCCAGGCUUUGUCAUGUGGGUUCGGAAUUCUUCGGAUCUUCGGCAACAAGCUGGAGUCUCCUACCUCAGCCUCCCAGGACAAGCGGUUGAAGCUGUACCAUGGCACCCCCCGAGCCCUCCUGCACCCGCUUCUCCACGACCCCGUAGAACAAAACAAGCAUAUGACCCUCAUGGAGAGCUGCAGCCUGCAGUACAUGCUGAGGCCACACCCGCUCCUGGAGCCCGUGUUCCAUCUUCUUCCCGAGAACCUUCUGGUGUCUGGUCUGCAGCACAUUCCUGGCCUCCUUCCCGCUCACGGAGAAAAGGGGGACGCCCUCCGAAAGCCUCGCCUUCAGAAGUCUGUCACGUGGGACUUGGAUGAUUUGUUCUUCACGCUCUAUCCUUCCCUGGAGAAAUUUGAGGAAGAGCUUCUGGAACUCCUCGUCAGUGAUCGCUUCCGGGAGGAGGGCAUUCCGCGGGACGGCGGCACGCUGGAGAUCCUGGAGCGGCGCCUGUGCGUGGGUGUGCACAACGGUCUGGGCUUCGUGCAGAGGCCGCAGGUCGUGGUGCUGGUGCCCGAGAUGGACGUGGCCUUGACGCGCUCUGCCAGUUUCAGCAGGAAAGUUGGCUCUUCUUCAAAGGCCAGCUCUGGAAACCAGGCUCUAGUUUUGAGAAGCCGCCUCCGACUCCGUGAGCUGGUCCGUCACCCUGCGUUCGCCAUCGUCUUUCAGCUGGAGUACGUGUUCAACAGCCCUUCAGGGGCAGACGGCAAGGCAACGUCGGUCACCUCUCUGUCCAGCGUGGCAUGCAUGCACAUGGUCCGCUGGGCUGUGUGGAACCCCUUGCCGGAAGCCGGCUCCGGAAAGGUGGUCUUACCUCUGCAGGGUGGGAUCCGGCCCAACCCGUCGCGCCGUCUGGUCUAUAAAGUGCCCCCAGCCUGCAUGAACUCCAAAGAGGUGGAGCAGGUGGCGUCGGGGACGGUCCAGUUCCAGUACUCGCUGAGCCCCAAGGCACACCCGGACACGCUGCCAGGGCACGGCCACGGCCCGGAGGCGGAGCAACAGCCCUCCAGGAAGCCACCCGCGUCCCCUGCAAGCCCACCAGCGCUGCCAGCCCGGGGGCACGCUGCCCCUCAGGACUCGCCCGUGGGACCAGGGCUGUCUCUCUCCCAGCUGGCGGCUUCCCCACGGUCCGCCGCCCGGUGCCGCUCAGCCACGCUGUCCUCCCCGCAACCUGCCGGCUCUGAGCCCUCCCUGGCCCAGGCGGGGCUCCCCUUGGAGGGCAGGAUCUGUCACCUGGAAGCCGAGCUGAGCCAGGCGUCCUCGGUCCUGGGAGCAUCUGUUGCCGAACACUUGCAGGAGCUGCCUUUCACACCGGUGCACGUCCCGAUUGUCGCGGGCGUCCGGGCCAGGAGCUCUGGAAGUAAGCUCUCGCGGGCCUCGAUGGUGCUCCUGCAGGCCUCUGGCUUUCCUGAGAUUCUGGAUGCCAAUAAGCAACCAGCCGAGACUGUAAAUCCCGCAGACCCCGUGCAAUUCAACCCUCAGAAGGAAGAAUCCGAUUGUCUACAAGGCAAUGAAAUAGUACUGCAGUUUCUUGCCUUUAGCAGAGUGUCCCAAGACAGCCGGGCAGCGCCGUGGCCAAAGACCGUGUAUUUCACCUUCCAGUUCUACCGUUUCCCGCCCGUGACAACGCCGCGGCUGCAGCUGGUCAGGCUGGACGAGGCGGGCAGGACGCGCCCCGGUUCCCUGCUGCAUCUCCUGGUUCUUGCCGACAGAGAUGAUUCCUCCGAUGCUGGCUCUCCUGGCUUUCAGCUCAAGUUCCUGGCGGAGCCUGGAUUCCUGAGGCCCGGAGAGCAGAGUCGGUUCAGCCACUACCUGGCCGCGCAGACCCUCCAGGUGGACGUCUGGGAUGGAGACUCUCUGCUCCUCGUUGGAUCUGCAGCCGUCCCGAUGAAGCAUCUCCUUCGCCAGGGGCGGCCGGCCGUGCAGGUCUCGCACGAGCUCGAGGUCGUGGCGACCGAAUAUGAACAGGACGUGGUGGUGAGUGGGGACGUGACCAGGCUUGGCAGCAUCCAGCCCAUCGGCGUGUACGCGGUGGUGAAGGGUUGGCUACACCUGACCCUGGCCAACAUAGGUCACGUGUGUGAACAGAGAGUAAGGGAUUCCAGCACGUUGCCACCCUCCAGGUCACGGGUCAUCUCGAAUGACAGAACCGGCCACUUCGAGGGAGGCAGCCUGCUCAGGCGUGGGGCGCCGAGACUAAAAAACGUGGUCCAGGCACAGAAGCUGGCUGAUGUGGACUGUGAGUUGGCCGCCAUGCUGUUUGUGCCCACGCAGCGCAGGAGCAAAGGGCCCCAGGGCGCCGGCCGCGAGGGGGACGCCGUCCGCAGGCGCAAGCUGGAGCGGAUGAGGUCCGUGCGCCUUCAGGAGUCCCGAGGAGAGCUCAGCUGCUGGGGGGCCAGCAUGUUGGCUCAGCAGAGCGUCCGCGCACAGCACGCACGCGACCUGCAGGUCAUUGCCGCCUAUCGGGAGCGCACGAAGGCGGAGAGCAUCACCAGCGCGCUGAGCCUGGCCAUCACCACGAGGCACACCGUGCACGUCACGCUGGGCACCGCCGAGUUCUUCGAGUUCGCCCUUCGGAACCCCCACAACACGCAGCACACGGUGACCAUCGAGGUGGACAGCCCUGAGCUGAGCAUCAUCUCGGACAGUCGGGAGUGGAGGUUCUUCAAAGACGCGGCCAAGCUGCACACGCCGGUGGAAGAGGACAUGUUCCAUCUGCGGGGCGGCCUCGCCCCACAGCUCUUCCUGCGCCCCCGGGAGACCGCCCACAUCCCCUUCAAAUACCAGACCUUCUCCGUGGGGCAGCGAGGCUGGUUCGUGACAGCGGCCGUCUGGAUGGUUAUCAUGAGAGCAAAGGACACCGUGCACGGGGGCCCCAAGGGGACAGCUGUUUCUACAGUGCCUGUCAGCCUCCGACUCCCAUCCCGUGACUCACUGGUGCCAAUUGGUGUCUCACAGGCCCCUGCUGAGCCGAGCUCUGAGAAGGGCACGGACCCCGGAUCGCCCCAGAAGUGCAGUGCAACGCCGACCAAGCACGCCAAGGUCUUGUUCCGGGGCGGCGGCGGCAAGCCCAUCGCCGUGCUCUGCCUGACGGUGGAGACCCAGCCCCCCGCGGCGGACCAGGUCUUCCGCUUCUACCACCCGGAGCUCACCUUCCUGAAGAAGGCCAUCCGCCUGCCCCCCUGGCACACGCUCCCAGGUGCUCCCGUGGGAAGACCUGGCGAGGAACCCCAGGUCCAUGUCCGAUGUAGCGACCCGAACGUCAUUUGUGAGACCCAGAAUGUGGGCCCUGGGGAGCCACGGGACGUGUUCUUGAAGGUGGCUAGUGGUUGGAGCCCAGAGAGCAAAGACUUCUUUGUCCUCGUUUACACGGAUCGCUGGCUGGCGACACCUGUCCAAAUAUGGCGGAUCCACCUCCACUCCUUACGGCGCGUGGACGCGUCCUGUGUCACGGGCCAGCGGACCCGCCUGUCCCUUGUCCUUCGGGGGACACAGGCGGUUAGGAGAGUGCGAGCUUUCACCUCACACCCCCAGGAGCUGACAACUGACCCCAGAGGUGUAUUCGUGCUGCCCCCUCGCGGGGUGCAGGACCUGCAUGUGGGCGUGACGCCCCGGAGGGCGGGGACCCGGUUCAUCCACCUCAACCUGGUCGAUGUGGACUACCACCAGCUGGUGGCCUCGUGGCUCGUGUGCCUCUCGUGCCGCCCUCCUCUCAUUUCCAAGGCCUUCGAGAUCACGCUGGCCGCAGGGGAAGGCAAGGGCGCCAACAAGCGCAUCACCUACACCAACCCCUACCCCACCCCGAGGACCUACCGCCUGCUCAGCGACCGCCCGGACCUGCUGCAGUUCAGGGAGGAGUCCUUCCAGGUUGGGGGAGGAGAGACCUACACCAUCGGCCUGCGGUUUGCAUCUCGCCAGAGCGCCGGGGAGGAAGAGAUUCUGAUUUACAUCAACGACCACGAAGACAAAAACGAAGAGGCCUUCUGCGUGAAGGUCACCUACCAGUGAAGUGGUGGCCGGAGGGGCCGGCACGGCCUUCCUGCCGCAGCACGGGGACAGACUCACGUGCUCUGGCCCCUCCUCCCCUCGUGCCUUGCUGGGGCCACUGGUGAGCGUGGCCAAGGGUGGAGGGGGCGCCGUGCUCCUGACCGCUCUCACUCCGGCGCCAGCCACGCGGUGAGCCCCGCGGGCGUCCUCAGCGAGGGCACGGCGCCGAGAAGCGCGGGGCUUGUGUCUCUCUGCUGUGCUCGGGAGAUCGUCACUGUUUAUGAUGUUGAUUUGCUUCUCAGCAAAGUGUAUUUUAUGAAUCAUCUUAAAUGAUAAAAUUAUGUUUUCUUACUGGAUUUUGUACAAACGUGAUUUGCUAUGCGAUGUUUUAUAUUGGUAUUAUUUCAUAUCUUUUUUUAAGUUGUGGUGGAAUACUAAACCUUCUCCGGUUUU